GGCUCGUAGGAGCAGAGGACGUCCUUAAGUUACAUCACUUCAUUUUCCAGCCCUCAUAAGAGAAAGGAAGGAAGAAGUUUUUACUCGCAGAAAGAAGAUGAAAAUGAUAAUAUGCUGACUGAACCUAAGAAUAAUCUUCGGCAUUGACAUCCAUGUUUAAUGUCAAGAGAAAAGACAGAUCACAUCAGUGCGAAGAAAUGGGAUCUGAUCAUGGCAUCAUGGACCGAGUAUCCUAUGCUCAUCCAUUGAUGUUUGGCUCGUCUUUGAACAACCAGUAUUUCCCCUUCAAAGAUGCACUGAAAAAUCCCCAGAAUGACCCAGAGCAAGUCAACAGUCAACGGUACAUUGGAGGCUUUUCCUACCUGUCCUACCAUGGGAACUUCAGUGUGCAUGACCUCUCCUUGGAACCUGCAUUCAUCCACAGACGUAACGAGAGAGAGCGGCAGAGAGUCCGCUGUGUCAAUGAGGGAUAUGCCAGACUCCGUGAACAUUUGCCACAGGAAUUUGAGGAUAAGAGACUCAGCAAGGUAGAGACACUGCGGGCAGCCAUAAGCUACAUUAAACACCUGCAGGAACUUCUGGAGCUCAGUCUACCUUAGGGAAGGUCAGGACUGUCUUCAGAGAAGGGCAGAGGAACUCAAAGACUAGUGUGAGUGGCAGCAUUGAUCUGGAACACUGUAUGCUUGCCAUUCAAUUAUUCAUUGUUUCGUUACUUUUAAAACACUGAUGUGAUGAAGCUUGAACAAAUGUAAUGCUUUCCAGAUGAUGCACUCUUUAACCAAUGUCUUAGAGGUGUUUGUUUGCAUACUGGUUAUGAUUCUGAAAAUGUUCAUGGUUUCCUUUCAGGAGCAUGCACAGGUAUGCUUAAAAUGUAUUUUGACUAAACAACAAGUAAUCAAGGAACAAACCAAUUAAAAAAGGUUGAAUGGGCUCUUAAAUGAAAAAAGACAUUCAUAAAACUAUGCCUCUAUAAUCUCAUUCUUAACUUUUUGAGAUUAUGAAUUCCUUUGCUCAAAAACAUCACAAAAUGUUAUAA